CAGUACAGCAACUAUAAUGACCCGUCUCCGCUUGUUAACAUUAAACUUCUUUCUGCGCCCUCCCGGUGUAUCUGAGAAGGGCUCGAAAGGCGACUGGAAGUUUGAGCGUUUACGUCUGUUUGCUGAAACCCAAUUCCAGAAUUAUGACAUCAUCGCGCUUCAGGAAACUUUCGCAUCCCUUUCCAGCCGGCGUAAUGAGCUUAUAUCCCUCGCCCAAAAGCACGGUCUUAAAUACGUUGCAGCGGGCAAGAAACAGAGUAUUUGGAAGCUCCGCGUCGAUGCUGGGUUAAUUAUUCUGAGCCGUAUACCAAUUGUCAGUGUCGAUGAAUGGACCUUCGUACGCGGAACAGAAAUUGGGGAUUGGUUGGCGGCUAAGGGCGUAUUGUAUGCAAAGAUACAAGCGGCACCUGAUAGGCACCUACAUCUUUUUGCGACGCAUUUUCAAUCUACCGACUCGCCGCGCGCCAUCGAACUCCGUCACCGACAAUACAUUGAAGCCAAACGCUUCAUAGACAACAUGCUGGAGAAGAACCAGCGGAAGCCUUCUGAGCCUGUCCUGUUUGUGGGUGAUAUGAACGUUGAUGCGAGGGCUGGACCUGAGGAUGGCAUUGGACAUGGUGCGGAGUAUCUGAAAAUGUUGGGUAUCUAUUCAGGUGCCACCGCCGAUCCUGAUAGUACCUCCGGAGCUAAAUGCGUGCGAUAUGAUGUUGGCAAUGUUUGCUAUGAGAUCCUGAAGGAGCAUCCGAUCACUACGAGUAGGCUAAGGGUCGGCCCUGGAAGACCCGAGCCUGACCGGAAGUGUAUUGACUUUGUUCUCACGUUCCGACCGGCGGGAGAGGAUGGAACGCUACUGACGGACUCUCAAAAAGAUAUUAACUUUGAGAAUGUAAGAGUGGAGAAAUUUGAGGUCAAGGAUCAACCGUUCAGUUUCUUGAGCGAUCAUUUCGGGGUAGCAGUGGACUUGGUUAUCGAGGAUGGAGCUACCAAUGAACAAAUUCCACAAUAGAUUUACAGUCUGUGGACAUCGCUUAUUUUGUAGCUUUACCUUCUAUCAAACUCGUGGGAGAAUAAUAUUAUGAAUUUUGAACGUGGUUAGGAAUCACUGUCAGGGCUCAUUUACGAACAACUUCGACUGGUUAAAACUGUUAUAGUUUUUUUGGGGGAUAAAAAUCCUAAUGACGCCUGAAACGGCGAAUGGGGGCUUGCUGCUAGCUUACCUCGCAUCGAGUUGCAAUGUCUUAUAAAAACUGACCUCCAAAGUCAGGGGUUACCAGCCAAACGACG